AUGUUGGAGUUUGAGAUUCUUCUACAACAGUGGCCAUUAAGUAUUUUUGACGACGACAAAGACUGGGUAGAAGAUGAGCGGCCUCACAUCCUGAGCAGCAUGAAGAGGCAGAGGCGCUGGCCCCUGGCGGCCCUGGCCCCAGCCGCUGGGGGAGGAGCCUCUAGCGCUGCAGGAGGGGCCGCGCUGGAGCCGCCUGAGGAGAGGGUGGUGUACAUGCGGGCAACCGUCCAACUGUCGCCGGCACACAGCACCAAGGCGCUGAUCGACGCUUUCAAGCUAUUCCUGCCCCAUAGCACGGAGUUCAGGAGCUCCGACGCGGAGCUCUGGAGCUACCUCUGCCGCCUCAAGCACCAGUUCUCCCCCCACAUCCUGUGCAGCAAGGACGUCUAUGGCUACUCCCUCCUGACCCUGGCCCCGGACCCCCGGCACCAGCCCCCCGAGGCCCACCUCCAGACGCGCCCGCCAGCUGCCAGGCAGAGGCGCCACGGAGCCCGGACGGUGGCGCUCGGCCAGAGGAAGGUGCCGCCCCCGCCUCCGCCGUCCCGCGAGGAUAGCAGCCCCCGCAAACCCGCGGCCUCCUGGCCCUACUCCGGGGUCCGCACCCUGGAGGAGAGUGGGAGGGCGGCCACCCCGACGUUGACCACCUUCCCCACCAUUCGCGUAGUAGGCGACAUGUGGGUCGAGAGCAGCCUGCCAGAAGCGCUACGCCAGGCGCGCCAAGUCCUGGGAGUGAACCUGGAACCCGUGGUGAGACUCCGCCGCUUCCCAGUGCCUGGGCGUGAGAUGCGGGCCACCGCCGCACGACCUCUAAGCCCCAGGACGGGACAGAGAAUCAUCUGGUGUGAAAUCUCAGUGACCCUUCUUCUUUUGUGUCCCUCACUGGACGGCAAGAUCCUCGUGGACACCAUGGCAGGUAACACGGAAGCGGCCAAUCACACGUCUGCAGGUUCUGUGGGAGCCGCUGGGCAGCUCCAGCUUCUGUCCUGCCGCCUACCAGCUGUGCAUGCAUCCUGA